AUUGAAUUGCCGAUAAAAUUCGUAUCACGGGAAAUCCAGACAACGGCACUAUUGGAUUCUGGAGCAUUCUCCUGCUACAUCGACCAACGAUUUGCUGAGAAACACGGGUUUAAGAUGAUACCUCUAAACCAUGAAAUCCGAAUCCUUAACGCAGACGCCAGCCCCAACAAGGGUGGCGCAAUUACUCAUCGUAGUUUGCUCGUCACCAACCUUGGACGCAUGUCAAUGAUCCUUGGCAUGAAAUUUCUACAAGAGCACAACCCCCGAGUUGACUGGGAACAUAGAGAGGUCACGUUCUCAAGAUGC